UGCCGGCUCUGCGCGCUCAGAAACAUGCUGAGGUCCCGGCGGCUGUUUCGGCAGCGGCAGCGGCUCCAGCAACAGCGGCGGCGGAGGCGGCGGAGGCGACAGAGCUCAGCUCCCGCAGAAAAGGUGCCCGGCGCCCAGCCUCUGGCUCCGCGCCGUGGCUGCCCUGACCUGGCUGAGACCUCCCUCCACGCGCCCAGCUACCGGGACCUCUGGGGUGUUCCCCAAACACUGCCCAACCCCGCCACACCCCCCGCCCCCGGCCUCGGAAGCUCGGCAUGGGCGUGGGGGCGCUCUCCCUGGGCGCCUCGGAGCACUGCAACCUGUCAUCUGCUGCACCUCUCCCCGACGGCACGGCCACCGCGGCGAGACUGCUGGUGCCUGCGUCGCCGCCCACCUCGCUGCUGCCCCCAACCAGCGAGGGCCCUGCGCAGCUGUCGCAGCAGUGGACGGCCGGCAUGGGCCUGCUGAUGGCACUUAUCGUGCUGCUCAUCGUGGUGGGCAACGUGCUGGUGAUCAUGGCCAUCGCCAAGACGCCGCGGCUGCAGACGCUCACCAACCUCUUCAUCAUGUCCCUGGCCAGCGCUGACCUAGUCAUGGGGCUGCUGGUGGUGCCUUUCGGGGCCACCAUCGUCGUGUGGGGCCGGUGGGAGUAUGGCUCCUUCUUCUGCGAGCUCUGGACCUCGGUGGAUGUGCUGUGCGUGACCGCCAGCAUCGAGACCCUGUGCGUCAUCGCCCUGGACCGCUACCUCGCCAUCACGUCUCCGUUCCGCUACCAGAGCUUGCUGACCCGCGCGCGGGCGCGGGCCCUCGUGUGCACCGUGUGGGCCAUCUCGGCCCUGGUGUCCUUCCUGCCCAUCCUCAUGCACUGGUGGCGGGACGAGGGCGACGAGGCGCGCCGCUGCUACAACGACCCCAAGUGCUGCGAUUUCGUCACUAACCGGGCCUACGCCAUCGCCUCGUCCGUGGUCUCCUUCUACAUGCCCCUGUGCAUCAUGGCUUUCGUGUACCUGCGGGUGUUCCGCGAGGCCCAGAAGCAGGUGAAGAAGAUUGACAGCUGCGAACGCCGCUUCCUCGGCGGCCCCGCUCGACCGGCCUCGCCCGCGCCCUCUCCGGAGUCCCCGCGACCCGCCGCCGACCCGCUGGCCAACGGACGCACCAGCAAGCGGCGGCCCUCGCGCCUCGUGGCCCUGCGCGAGCAGAAGGCGCUCAAGACCCUGGGCAUCAUCAUGGGCGUGUUCACGCUCUGCUGGCUGCCCUUCUUCCUGGCCAACGUGGUGAAGGCCUUCCACCGGGACCUGGUGCCGGACCGCCUCUUCGUCUUCUUCAACUGGCUGGGCUACGCCAACUCGGCCUUCAACCCCAUCAUCUACUGCCGCAGCCCCGACUUCCGCAAGGCUUUCCAGCGCCUGCUCUGCUAUGCGCGCCGGGCCGCCUGCCGGAGGCACACGGCCGCCGGCGACCGGCAGCGCCCCUCGGGCUGCCUGGCGGUAUCCCGGCCGCCGCCGUCUCCCGGGGCCGCCUCCGACGAGGACGACGAGGACGUCGGGGCCGCGCCGCCCGUGCGCCUGCUGGAGCCCUGGGCCGAUUGCAACGGCGGGGCGGUGGCGGACAGCGACUCGAGCCUGGACGAGCCGAGCCACCCCGACUGCGCCUCGGAAUCCAAGGUGUAGGGCCCAGCGCCUCCGCCCCAGCUCUCUGCCGCGGCGCACGGGGCCGGGGCGCGGACUCUGCGUGCUGGGGCGAAGAACGUCCUGGAGCCCAGAGUGACUUCCCAGGGGAAAGAGAUACGUGUUUACUCAAGACCUGAAGCAGGUGAACUCGAAGCCCACAAACCUCAUCUGAAUCAUCCAAGACAAACAGAAAAGCCACGGAACGUUGCACAGAAAGGAAAGUUUGGGGAGGGGUGGGAAAGUGGCUUGCUAAAUUUUCUUGGGUUCUUUUUCCUGUUUGUGGUUCGGGCUUCUUUUGAGCGUGCGUGUGGUGCAUCUUUAGGUUUUUUUUCCAGGUGGCACUUUCUAUGAGGACCGAGUAGGGGAGAGGAGAGGCAUUAGGGGAUAAAAGUCUAUCAGCUUGGCUUCCCUCCCCUUCCCGAGAGCAGAAGCAGUCACCCGGAGAGAGGGAACCAUGAAAAUUUGUCAGGACACGCUUCCUUUUGCUUUCUGGAGAAAUUUCAGUUUCAUUCCCGAGUAAUGAUUUCUCCUGUCCUUAGAGCAAAGGGAAAGGAUGCAUGCAAAAAUCGCGUUUCGAGAAACUGUCAGCUGUUCUCGAAACAAGCCUCACCCUGCUUUCCUUGUGUAGGGCAAGCCUGCUGUUCCCACGUGCCCAGGUGCCGGGGCGGAGGGGUUUCUACCUCACACUGUGCACAUUGCACAGCCAGACAGAAAGACUUGUUUAUAUUAAACAGCUUAUUUAUGCAUCAAUACUAGUUGGAAGGACCAGGCACUGAGCCUCUGUGCCAUGUGACUCUGUCCAUUGAAGACAGAACAGGAAAAGGAAAAAAAAAAAAAAAGAGGUUUCAGUUCAGAUUACUGCACAUGUGGGUAAAAAAAAAAAAAACGAAAAGGAGUGGGUCAAAAUGCCAUUUUUGCACAGUGUUAGGAAUUGUAAAGUCCACAGAAUGUGUUACUCGCACAAAAAGAAAUUAAAUAUUUUUUAAUGGGGAGGGGGGAAGAUCUUAAAAACUAAAAUAAAAUUCAAACUCUACUUCUGUUGUCUAUUAUUUUAUUGAGCUAACGAUUUAUUGGGAAAAUGCCUUUUUAUACUCUUUUAUCAUGGUACUGUAACUGUAUCCAUAUUAUAAAUACAAUUAUCUUGAGGAUUUUUUAAAUUAUUUUUUAUGUCCAAGUGCCCAUGUGAUUCUGCUGGUAAAACUGAGCACUUGUGUGUAAAUUCUAUUUCCUCUGUGUGUUUUACCAAGUAUUUAUACUCGGGUGCAACUAACUACUGUGUGAGGAAUUGGUCUAUGUGCAAUAAAUACCAAUGGAGCACAA